GAAAAUAAUUCUUACUACUUCCGUAAUCUUGUUUAUAAGAAAAAACUUUUCUUUUGCCAGUCGUGUAGAUGUAUGGCGUAAAAAGAGAAAAAUAGAAAUACCUCAAAAUGAAGCAGCUGAAAGUGCAGGACAAAAUAUUGUGAAAACUUAUAGUAGGCAAGUGCCAGUCGUACAUCUAGAGGCUACUUUUGAUGCAAAAUCUAAUCAGCCAUCAACUAGUACUAAUAGUUCUGAAACUAAGGCUUUGAAAAUAAACUGGCCAGUAACUGAUCUAACUUUGGCAUGCCAUGAAUUGACUAUUGAGAAAAGUGUUGAUAAUAACUUGAUUGGUCUGACUGGGAACAGAAUUGUUGACAUCCAACACGUCCUUCACUGGGCAUUUGCUCUGGAAAAGCACACAAAAACUUGCGCAAAUAGUACCAUUGAAUUUGUCAGAGAGCUGCGGAAAGGCUUCAACAGUAUAUUCAUUUUUAAAUGCAGCAUGUGUGAUAAAGAAUUUAGAGAGAGCAAUGAGAAUAGUGAUGGUGAAAAACUAAACACUGGCUUUGUGUGGGGAACUGUAACAGGUGGGGGUUAUUAUACACAAGCGUCUCACUUAACUAAUGUAAUGGAUAUCCCUACAAUGGGUCCUACAAAAUUUAGGAAGAUAGAAAAAUCACUGGGACAUACAUGGAAAGAUCAAUUGACAGAAGAAAUAAAGAAAAUAGGACAACAAGAGAGAGCUAUAGCUAUUGAAAAAGGCCAAAUUACUGACGAUGGCAUUCCAUACAUAGAAGUUGAAGUAGAUGGUGGGUGGGCCAAGAGGAGCUACGGUCAUAACUAUAACUCAGCAUCUGGUAUGGCUUGCAUCAUUGGGAAAAACACGAGGAAGUGCUUGUAUAUUGGCAUAAAAAACAAAUAUUGUUAUCAUUGUCAUUUAUACGAGAAAGACAAAAAGGAUGUGCCCCCACACAAAUGUUUCAAAAAUUACCAGGGAUCAUCAACUGGUAUGGAGGCAGAAAUAUUAGUGGAGGGCUUUCAGAAGUCAGAAGAAAUGCAUGGUGUACAAUAUCUUUCAUUUAUUGGAGAUGGCGAUUCCUCUGUUUUCGCUCAAUUGAAAGAAAAAGUGUCAUAUGGUCAAAAAAUACGGAAAACAGAGUGCAAAAACUAUGUUAUAAAAAAUUAUACAAGUGGACUUUAUAAGAUACUGGCUAAUACCAAAUUACCUUUGUACGGUCGCAAAAUGUUAAAAGCCAGGUUGUCAAAACUAACUGUAAUUUCGAGAAUGAUAAUCUUGCAUCAUGCCGAAAAUAGAUUGGCCAUGAGAAAUGACCUGCAGCAUGGCCCUUCACAUGUGUUUGGUGAACAUGAAAAAUGCCAAGAUUAUUUUUGCAAAUUCACUGCAACUGGCGAGCAAGAUGAAAAUUAUGUCACCAGUAUGAAGAAACAGGCUCCUGCCGUUUGGGCACUUAUUGUUGCUGCAAAUGAAUCUGUAAUCGCUAAAACAAAUCGGUUGUCAAAUGAUACAACCAAUCAUGUUGAAAACUUUAUGAGUAUUAUAAGUAAAUUCAACUGUGGUAAGCGGCUCAAUCUUCACACAGGUGGAUCUUAUCAGCGUAGAGUGAUGGUUGCAGGCCUCUCGCAAGUAACUGGUCAAACUUGGCAUAACCCUGCGUGGCGAAAACAUACUAACAGUUCGCCAGGCAAAACUUUUAGGAAAUAUAUUGGCCAGAGUGAAAGGACUAAGGCGCGGAGGAAACUCUACAAACGCAGGCGACUUUUUCAUGCCAAGCCACCUCAGCCCGAUAAAAAUUAUGGUCCUGAAGCUCAAGACACAGCAGACCCAGUAAAUCAUGAUGACCUAAAAAAAAUGUGUGCUGAUAAGUUGCCUGAAUUCAACAAAACUGCUGACGAAAUCAAGGCUAUAGAAGAAAGCACUAUAGGUCAACAUGAAAAUGAUCUGUACAAUAUGUAUAGGAGUGACAGGUUGACAGCAAGUCAAUUUGGAUUGAUAUGUAAGCGAAGAAAAACUACGCCGUCUCACAACCAUGUCAAACAAGUGCUUUACAAAAGCAACAUUUUGACAAAAGACAUGCUUUAUGGACAACAAAACGAAUCUGUGGCGAGGACGUACUUUAUAGAAAAUUACAAAAAGACAGUUCGUCAAGCUGGACUAUACAUUGAUGCUGAAUUUGGUUUUGUGGGCGCCAGCCCUGAUGGUAUUGUGCAAAAUGAAGAGGCCAUCUUAGAAAUAAAAUGUUUUCCUUCAUUGGCCAGAAGAAAUCAGAGCAUCCUUACUGCAGUAAAAGAAAAUAAAAACUUUCCUGUGAUUGAAAAUAAAGGACUUUUGUCCAUGAAUGAAAAGCACAAUUAUUACUACCAGGUACAGGGACAACUACGCGUCACAAAUAUGAAAAAAUGUUAUUUCAUUUGUUAUGUAAAUCCGUCUACACCAAUAACUGUGAUCGAAGUCUACAAAAAUGACCAAUUCAUAAAAAAUAUGAUCCAGAAGCUAGUUCACUUUUAUAAAAACUAUAUUUUGCCAGAGAUCGUACUUAGGCGAAUACCUAAGGGAGCUAAAAGUAUUGAUCUAGAAUAA